AAAAGAACACACGAGCUGCUGCCCCACAUUGUGAAGGCUGGUCCAUUAUACAAAGCCACCAAAAACCGGCUGUCUUUCAUUACUUACACUGGACAGCACACAGAUACUCCGGAGGUCCCACUCGGCUGUUGAAGGGAUGCACUCUGCAGGAAUGAGUGAACAGUAAAAUUAUUUGAUCUGUUCUGUGGAUACUUCCGAUCGGUGUUGUAGAUGAUAAGAGGGAGCAUGAAGUUCGCGCUCGCGGUGUUGUGGUUCUCCCUGGCUCUCGGGAAGGCUACUAUGGAAGCUCAGGAAGACGUUAUGUCGCUUGCCGAGAUGGAGGAUUCCUUGUUGAGGAACCUUUUCAGAGGUUACCAGAAGUGGGUGCGGCCUGUCCACAAUGCCAACGACACCAUCACAGUAUGCUUUGGACUCAAGAUCUCACAGCUGGUUGACGUGGAUGAAAAGAAUCAACUGAUGACCACAAAUGUCUGGCUCUAUCAGCAGUGGGUUGACGUGAAGCUGAAGUGGAACCCAGAUGACUAUGGAGGUGUUACUUCCAUCAGAGUGCCUUCAGAGACCAUAUGGCUGCCUGACAUCGUCUUGUAUGAAAAUGCGGACGGUCGCUUUGAGGGUUCCCUGAUGACCAAAGCCAUUGUGCGUUGGGAUGGUACCAUAACAUGGACUCCACCUGCCAGCUACAAGUCCUCCUGCACCAUGGACGUCACCUUCUUUCCCUUCGACCGACAGAACUGCUCCAUGAAGUUCGGCUCCUGGACUUACGAGGGAAACAUGGUGGACCUGGUCCUGGUGGACCACUACGUGGACCGUAAAGACUUCUUCGAUAACGGCGAGUGGGAGAUUCUCAAUGCAACGGGACAAAGGGGAAGCCGGAGGGAUGAAGUGUACUGGUACCCGUUUGUGACCUACUCCUUCAUCCUCAAAAGAUUGCCGUUGUUCUACACCCUCUUCCUCAUCUUCCCAUGCCUCGGCCUCUCCUUUCUGACCGUGCUCGUGUUUUAUUUGCCGUCAGACGAAGGAGAGAAACUGUCACUGUCCACAUCUGUGCUGGUGUCGCUCACAGUGUUCCUCCUGGUCAUAGAAGAAAUUAUCCCUUCUUCCUCAAAGGUGAUCCCACUGAUUGGAGAAUACCUGCUCUUUAUCAUGAUCUUCGUCACUUUCUCCAUCAUCGUCACUGUCUUUGUCAUCAACGUCCACCACCGUUCCUCUACCACCUACCACCCCAUGGCCCCCUGGGUAAAGAGCCUCUUCCUUCAGAGAUUACCCAGGCUGCUGUGUAUGAGGGGGCACACUGACAGAUACCACUUUCCAGAUAUGGAGAUGCGUAGCCCGGAGCUGAAUGCCCGCAAAGGUGUGGGAAGGAAGGGGGCUCCCGGCGGCCAGCAGAAAAGCCCCCUCACAGGGAAGGAGGACGAGAACCAGGCAUGGCUGGCCAUGCUGGAGAAAGCCACAAAUUCAGUUCGGUACAUCAGCCGUCACAUCAAAAAGGAGCACUUCAUACGAGAGGUUGUUCAAGACUGGAAGUUCGUGGCUCAGGUGUUGGACAGGAUUUUCCUGUGGGCCUUCCUUACAGUGGCAAUACUGGGAACUGUCCUAAUCUUCACCCCUGCACUGCAGAUGUACUACAGCACACCGUGAUGAACACACACACAACCUCACAAAUAUUUUCCAACAGCUCGUUUUUGUUUUACAGUUUGUUUUGUCUGACUGUGACUUAUUGAUAAAGCUCAAUAAAACAUUCACACUGUAUAUUUCUUUUCUUGAAACAAGCUCGAGCUGCAAACUUUUACCUCCCUGCAGUAUGGUUUGCAGCCUGUAAUGACUACAGCAAACUGUGAUGUUCUAGAUGCAACUUGCACUGUGAGGUGCAUGCACACGAGUCCAAAGGAAUAAAAGCAAUAAGCAGGUGGAAGUAGCGUGUAUCAUUUAAAUAUCCCUGUUUGUAUGAAUAAUAAGUUGUUUUGUGUGUCACAUGUUGUCCCUCCCGUUGUAAACUAUGUAAUGAUUAUGAGAAUUAAAAGAA